AUGACCGGAGGAUUCACCAUCACAAAUCCGCACGGAGGCUUCCCGCUGACUCAGGAGCUCCUCGCUGCACAAAGACUCAAACAGGAAGCAGCUCGACGAUACACGCAAGACGACUGGAGUCACAAUAGCCCGCUACAGACGGAUCCAAGACAGGCGGAUCCAAGGCAGAUUGAUUCAAAACAGACAGAUCCGAAACCGAUUGGUACAGGGCUCAAUGAUGGACUAAAUGAUAUUGGGCUCAAUGAUGUUGGACUAAAUGAUGUUGGACUGAAUGAUGUUGGACUAAAUGAUGUUAGACUGAAUGAUGUUAGACUGAAUGAUGUUAGACUGAAUGAUGUUAGACUAAAUAAAACCGGAUCAAAUGACGCUGCUGGUCAGGAGAUUUUAAGGGACUGUGCGCUGGACGGAGGCGAUACACUGGCCCCGUUGCAGGUCGGCCUGGACGGAGGGUUGCAUAUGGGACAAGUCGGAGGACCGGCGGUGGGAGGUCCGACGGUGGGAGGUUCGCCGCUGGGAGGACCGGCGCUGGCAGGACGGCAAGCGUCGAGUCCGUGGUUGCCGGCGGGUGUGGAAUCGAUGCGGUUAGAUCUACAGACUUCGCAGGAGUGCACGGUCAUCGAGCCGCCGUCAUACCAUCCGUCUAAUCUCACAGGGUCGCGUGCAAUUUCGUUGGCGCAGGCGGCUCAUCGAGUUUUGGAGCAAGCUUAUGGCAGUGUUGAUGGCGGCAUUGACAUGGAGACUGCAAGGUUGCGCCCUGCCUGUAGUUUGUUGGAGUCGGAAGCCUUGUCUUCCUGCGAUCGUGAAGUAGUGUCUUUGGCUAGACAUGCUCCUAGUAAGUCCGACCCGAUGGGUCCGGCAGCUCGAGAGGGCUUGGCCGAAAGCCUCGGGCAGUCGGGCUCAUACCCCCCGGACUCAUGGUCUCCGGACAUACCCGCUGGGGGACAGUCGCGGACGCACCGGCAGCCGCCGGCAUCUGGUCAGCGCUCGCCAUCGGGUCAGCGCUCGCCAUCGGGUCAGCGCCCUGUUGCUGACGAAUCUGCUAAUGAGCAAGUGUCUUGCCGUCCUGCUAGCCAGAAUGUGUCUUGUAAUCGUGCUUCAGCGCAAUUACCUUGUGGCCCUUCGAACCCCGCCGCCGGAGGACCAUUGGAACGCAUUAGGUACGACAUCGGUGUGGAUGACUCGUGCAUCUUGACGGAGGAAGAUGACGACACUGCAAGACGCUUCUCUUCACAAGGCAAUGCUGACUAUCAAAAGCAAGACUACAGAACACAGGACGACCAGGACUCGUCGCCCCGCGAAGGACCUAGCAUCGGCGUUGUGGCUUCAGUGGGGGCACGGCCUCCCUCUUGUGGUACAGAGCGUUCCGCAGGACGGUUCCCGUCGCAUCACGAUAGGCUACCUCACCCUCCUCCCUUCUACUCGCCUAUCUCUGAAGCCACAUCCAAGCAACCGUCAGCCAACGAAACAGCCGUGCGUUUAGUAAAUUGCGACGACUAUGAAAGCGAGCUUGAAGACGAUCAAGCCAAGGAGACUCAAUACCCGAGUGGCCAGUGCCCGAGUGGUCAGUACUCGAGUGGUCAGUACCCGAGUGGUCAGUACCCCAGUUCCCAGUACCCGAGUGCCCACGCAAUUGACGGAAAUCUACCAACGGCCGCUCGAAAGGAAAGCCCAAAACGAAGAGACGGACGGGGGCUGACGGAACGGGGGCUGACGGAACGGGGGCUGACGGAACGGGACGUAACGGAACGGGACGUAACGGAACGGGAUCUGACGGAACGGGACCUGACGGAACGGGACCUGACGGAACUCGCUGACUUGGAGAUUUUUCACAAGAUCAAUGUAACCGACAAGAAGACCAAUGCGCUUUUUCGCAAUGUACCCCCCGAGUUGAAUGUACCCGCCCAGGAGACAAGUAUGUCCCAGGAGGCAAAUGUACCUCUGGAGACUAAUGCCGUUAAUGAACCUGAGAUUAAUGAACCGGGGACUGCAGCUGCCAGGACUGCAGCUACCGGGACUGCAGUUUCUGAAACUAGGGCUGUAGAGACUGACGGCCGUCUGCUUGAGGGAAUGCCACGAGACAAUAAUGAAAGUGCUACAUUUAGUGACUGGUUUAGCGAGGAGACUGCCCUGAAAGUGAAAGGCAUGAGCGAACAACAGAGUCCUGGCGGCAACACAGCCGCGAUCUACGGAAGUCUCAUCGGCAGAACCCAUCGCGGAUAA